AUGAUGUCCAUGUUCAGAUCCUCAGUUCAGGUUGCCCGGUUUGCAGCCACUAAAGCAUCAUUUGGUGCCAGAUUUGCUUACAAGCCAUGUGUGGGGCUCAAUCUUGCAAGAUUUGAGUCAAGUUUGAGCGAUAAGAACAGCUUGAACACCAAAUCGAUUGCUUUCACAUAUUCAAAGGGUCCAGUCACAGUGAAAUACACACCAGAACACGAGUGGGUGUCAAUUCACCCAGAUGGAACCACAUUUGUCGGAAUUACAACUUACGCAGCAGAUGCAUUGGGAGAUGCAACAUACGUGGAGCUCCCAUCAGAUCUCAUUGACCAGGAUGUGGAACAGGGCAACACGAUUGGUUCAGUUGAGUCCGUGAAGUCUGCCAGUGACAUUUACUCACCUGUGGAUGGAACUGUGACGGAGGUUAACGAGGUUUUGGAUGAAAAGCCAGCCUUGAUUAACGAGGAUCCAAUGGGAGAAGGCUGGAUCACGAAAAUCAAGUUGAGCGACGGAUUUAAGGAUGAUGAUUUGCUCUCAAAAGAGGAGUAUGUCAAACUUUUAGAAGAAGCAGACGAGUAA